AUGAUAUUGAGUCAGCGAUUGAGAAUGACAGUGAUCAAGAACAGCGUAAUGAACUCAAGCAUGGAGUAUUGUGGUGGCGUAAAGAAUCUUAAAGUCGGAGUUGUGGAUUCAGUAGAACUUUUCGGUUUACCGCGUGGAAAAAUUCCUGAAAUCAGUAAUAUACGUGAUAUUGAAUAUUCGCUGAAUGGUAUGCUUCUGAGAAAGGCUUCUGGAAUUGAUGCUGGUCAUUUAAUUGCUUAUCAAAAUCUUGGCAUUGAAAUAAUAUGA